AUCGAAGCUGAAUCAUGGCUUAUCAUGAGCCGAGAAUACUGGCUAUAUAAGUGAAAGUACGCGAUAAAUCGGGCAACAGUCGUUCUUGAGCAUAAUGAAGGCAUCGCUCGUACUUGUGGCCCUUCUUGGGAUAAUGGGCUACGUCCUGGCUGGGAUAAGUCUCGCUGAUGUGCGGGCAGCAGAGUGGGACUCUUUCAAAUUGGAAUUCAACAAGAAUUACGAAGUUGAGUCGGAGGAUCGUCUUCGUAUGCAGGUAUUCCAGGAUAACAAGCGGAUUAUUGACGCACACAAUGAACGCUGGGCCGCAGGAGAGGAGAGCUACGAGAUGGGGGUCAAUCACUUUACCGAUUUGUUGGAAAAGGAGUUUAAUGAGCUAAUUACUGGAAACGACGGCAGCCCCGAUGAUGAGGAACCGUUUGACGAAGACACCUCCGAUGAGAAUGUUGCCGACCUCGACUCCGGGUCGCACCCAUUUGACGUCGACUGGCGGACAUUGGGCGCUGUCACACCUGUGCAGCACCAGGGCCACUUUAACAACUCGUGGGCUUUUGCAGCAGCCGGUGCCGUGGAGAGUAGAAAGUUUGUGGCAACUGGAAGAUUGGUGAAAUUGUCGAAGCAGAACCUGGUCGACUGCUGCCGCGCCAAGCACAAGCGGACAAUGAAUGCGCUAAAGUGCAUUAAGAGGAAGCACGGCAUUGAUACAGAGGCAUCCUAUCCCUACAUAGGCCCGAUUGGCCGUUGCCAUUUCAAUAAGAAGCUCGUCGGCGCCACCAUUCGCAAGCACCUGAAGAGCCCUCGGGCCAAUGAAUUGGCGCUGGCCAACAAUGUCGCUGCCGGUCCGGUUGCCGCUGUGAUUUCUCGGGAUGCGCUAAGGUUCUAUAAGAGCGGCGUUUUCCACAACACGAAAUGCAGCAAGUCCCCAGACUAUGCUGUGCUCAUUGUGGGCUAUGGGCAUAGCGACAAUUAUGGAGACUAUUGGCUACUGAAAACCUCAAUGGGCGCUUCUUGGGGAGAACAGGGCUAUCUGAGGCUGGCGCGCAAUAGCAAAAAUAUCUGCGGAAUUGCAAGCAGGGCUCAUUACCCAGUUAUAUAAUUAUCCAACUAGAUAAUUUUAUAUUUUUUAUAUAUUUUUAUAUGUUAUAUUUUUAAAAAAUGUUAAUAAUAAUAGAAAAAUGUAUUGUAUUAACAAAAGAUUCAUACUUUAUAUAUACUUUAGCGGGUAUAACCCA